AUGGCGGUGAAGAAACAGGAGGGAGAGAAGCAAAGGACCAGGGACAAGCUAGGGCAAGUUCCUGAUGCAGAUGGCUGUUUGCUCACAGCCGUUCCUGGGAGCACCAGUCCUGACGGGGAGAAGACCUGGUCCAAGAAGUUCCCGUCCUGUGGGGGCCUGCUGCAGUCCCCGAUAGACCUGCACGGCGACAUCCUGCAGUAUGACGCCAGCCUUGUGCCCCUCAGCUUCCAAGGCUACAAUGUGUCUGCCAACGAACAGUUUCUCCUGACCAACAACGGCCAUUCAGUGAAACUGAACCUGCUCCCGGACAUGCACAUCCAGGGCCUCCAGUCCCGCUACAGUGCCACGCAGCUGCACCUGCACUGGGGGAACCGGAACAAUUCCCACGGCUCCGAGCACACCGUCGGCGGGAAGCACUUCGCGGCUGAGCUGCACAUUGUCCAUUAUAACUCAGACCUGUAUCCCGAUGCCAGCACCGCCAGCAACAAGUCCGAAGGCCUCGCUGUCCUGGCUGUUCUCAUUGAGAUGGGCUCUUUCAAUCCCGCCUAUGACAAGAUCUUCAGUCACCUUCAGCAUGUGAAAUACAAAGGCCAAGAAGUGCUGAUUCCAGCCUUCAACAUUGAGGAACUGCUUCCCGGGAAGACUGCGGAAUACUACCGCUACAGGGGCUCCCUGACCACGCCCCCUUGCCACCCCACUGUGCUCUGGACGGUUUUCCGAAACCCUGUGCAGAUUUCCAAGGAGCAGCUGCUGGCUCUGGAGACUGCCUUGUAUUGCACACAAGUGGACGACCCUUCCCCCAGGGAAAUGAUCAACAACUUCCGGCAGGUCCAGAAGUUUGAUGAGAGGCUGGUGUAUGUGUCCUUCCACCAAGUGCAAAUCUGUACCGUGGCUGGACCAGGUCUGGGCAUCAUCCUUUCGGUGGCCCUGGCUGGUGUUCUUGGCAUCUGUGUUGUCCUGGCGGUGUCCAUUUGGCUUUUCAGAAGGAAGAAGAGCAGAAAAGGCAACAACAACAACAACAAGGGAGUCAUUUACAAGCCGGCCAUCAAGAAGGAGACUGAGGCCCAUGCCUGAGGUCCCGGGAGCUCCCAGGCACGUCCAGGGAAGGACCUGGCUUCGGACGCUACCUACUUUGGCUCUCUGGACACGUGAAACACCUCACAGUGUUCUCUGGAGCCCAACCUGCAAACACCCCAGACCUCAGGGACCCUCUGGCGUGCCCCCUUGCCCUGGGACCACGGCCACACCCCAGUGUGAUCUGUGGAUGGGAUAUGCUCUCAGACCAAGAGGCAGGAACUCUGAGCUGCUUGCUGCAUCCAUCCGUGUGAGAUCAUGAGGGAGUCUGGAUUCUGGACCACAAACCAAGUGAUGGAUGGAGGGUUGCCACUGGUUGGAUGCUUCCAUCCAGGGCUUUCCUGGGGGGUGCCUAUGUGUCCUGGGAAUUCUGCUCCUUCUCCAUACUUUCAGACCAGAAUGUGCACUCUCUGUUAGCUUUUGCUUUGGAAACUCAAUUUCUUUCCUCAGGGGAGGGGUUGUCUCCCUCUGAUUUCCUUCUGCCAUGAAAAAAACCUUUAGCUUGACCUCACCUCACAACUCAGAGGGAAAAAUUGAGGCAGGAAGGGUUGGAGAGAGAAAAAGAAAAUGAGAUAUAUGUUGUAAUAUGAGGGAGG